CGAUAUGGUCAUAUCUAAAGUUUACCGCUAAAAUAGAAACUUUACUCUGUAACGAUGGGAAAGUAAAGAAUGAUGAGUUCGGAGUAUGGCAUAAACUCUCCAUCGCCAGCCCCACCUCCCUUUCUCCUGUCUUGUUGAAUUCUCUCUCUCUCUCUCUCUCUCUCUCGCCCAUGGCUUCCGCUUCCAAACACCAAAACCCGUCAUCUUCCAAACCUCCAAAAACCCCAGUCAACCUCAAUCCCAUCACCCACACUGACCCCCAAGACCCUAACCCCUCUGCCAAUACGGCCGCCGUCACCCGAUUCUUCCCAAGCUCCGAAGACCUCGCCCUCUCGCGCGCCUCCCACCUCACCCGCCAGCAGCUCCUCCGCCGUCGCUCACGCCACCUCAAGCAGCUAUCGAAAUGCUACAGGGGCCACUACUGGGCCCUCAUGGAGGAGCUCAAGAUCCAGUUCAGAGAGUACUACUGGGAGUACGGUGUCAGCCCUUUCAAGCAAGAGCAACAACAGCAUGUCUCCGACAGAGAAAUCGAAGCUGGUCAUCUCGAAGGCAGUGGUGAGAACAACAACAGCAAUGUGAGUUUGGACUUGAAAUGCAACCAGCGGUGCGUGUUCGUGGGGUGUAAGCUUAAGGCUAUGCCAUUGACGAGCUUCUGCCAUCUCCACAUCCUUUCUGAUUCCAAGCAGAAGCUCUACAAGGCUUGCAGUUAUGUUAUCAAGAGUGCUCAGGCUGGACCUAUAACAUGUGGGAAGCCCAUAUUGAGAUCCACCAUUCCUUCUCUUUGUAGUGUCCAUUUCCAAAAGGCCCAGAAGCAUGUCACAAGGGCUUUGAAGAAGGCGGGUCUGAAUGUUUCCUCAUCGAGUAAGCUUGCUCCCAAGUUCCAUGUUCUAGUGGCAGAAUAUGUACGCCAAAUUCAAGCCAAACGGAGAGCUUCAAGAAGGGCAAAUAGAAUUGAAGUUUUGGUGAAGGAAGAAAUUGCAAGCUGAGCCUCAUGUCUCUUGGUGCACGCUAUAUUGGUGAUUGCUUAAAUGAUUCGAAAAGCUGAGGUGUCCAAAAAUGCUGGCUUUGACAGGAACGAAUUGGAGUAGGCAUGCGUUUUGUUUCCAAAUAAAUGUCGAAAGCUGCACUUGCAUAUAUAGGUCUUUUCCCAAAAGAUGCUGCCUACAUUGCUGGUCAAGUCUGUUGGAAGUGGUGCAUGGUUUUUAAAACCUGUGCUUGAACUCCAUUUUUCCUAUUAGAAAUUUAGCUUUAAGCUUCAAUGUUGACAUCUAUUAUGUCGAACUAUUAUGUGUAAUGUUGUAUAGCCAUUUUAAUUCGUGAAAGAGGUCUCUCUCUCUCUCUCUCUCUCUCUCUCUGUGUAUAACAAUUGAACCAUGUCGCUUAUCACUGGCUGAUUGUCUUAAUAACGAUUAGCAUCUAUAUAACGAUUAGAUA